UACAGGAGAUGACCAGAGACUGCGGACACAGUACAGGAGAUGACCAGAGUCUGCGGACAGUACAGGAGAUGACCAGAGACUGCGGACCCAGUACAGGAGAUGACAAGAGACUGCGGACCCAGUACAGGAGAUGACAAGAGACUGUGGACAGAGUACAGGAGAUGACCAGAGACUACGGACACAGUACAGGAGAUGACCAGAGACUGCGGACACAGUACAGGAGAUGACCAGAGACUGCGGACACAGUACAGGAGAUGACCAGAGACUGUGGACAGUACAGGAGAUGACCAGAGAUUGUGGACAGUACAGG